AUAUAGCAUAUUAGAUACGCAAUGUUAGAGAAGAGGAUCAUCUGAAAUGACCAAACCCUAAUCCAAUCCACACAGACACAGACACUUGUUCGAGCAACCACCAGGGUUUAUCAUCUUCUUCGCUGCCAUUUUAGGGUUUUGUCUAUGCCCACAAUGCUGAACCUGCAUUCAAAACUAGCUAGAGUCGGAGUUUCCAUCGCCAAUCACCUAAGGAACUAUUCAUCAUCCUUGUGUAGAGUAGGAUUGCUUCAAUGCUCAAGAAACCAUUGCCUGCAACCUUCGUUUCAACAACAUUCAUUUACUAAGUUGUACGAAGGAUCCAUCUUUGAAAAGCAUAAUUUUCUAUCAACAGUAGCUACUAAUGACACCGAGGACAAGAGUGAACAGAAAGAAACGAUAUCUGUGACUUUUGUUGACAAGGAUGGCGAGGAAAAGCUUAUCAAAGUCCCUGUCGGAAUGUCUAUGCUAGAAGCUGCUCAUGAAAACGACAUUGAACUUGAAGGAGCAUGUGAAGGCUCGCUUGCAUGUUCAACUUGCCAUGUUAUAAUCAUGGACGUAGAACAAUACAAUAAAUUGGAAGAUCCAACUGAUGAGGAAAAUGACAUGUUGGACCUAGCUUUUGGGCUUACUGAAACAUCACGUCUGGGUUGCCAAGUGAUCGCUAAGCCUGAGCUUGAUGGAAUUCGUUUAGCUAUUCCUGCUGCCACUCGAAACUUUGCUGUUGAUGGUUUUGUGCCGAAACCACACUAGUCAUUACUGGAAAAAAAAUUUGGGUACAGUGCAAAGAAUGCAGCUAUUUCAGUUUUGCAGCUUCAUGCUGAGUUAGAUAAAUGAGCAUUUAGUGAUCUUCGGCAUUAUUUUUGUAUUGAGUUUUGCUGUGGUCGCCGAGUUUCCAUUUGUAUGGGAAACCAGAGAGAUGACGAUGGAAUUUCAACGCGCUUCAAUUGCUUGCUAAUAAGUUUCUUGGACUGUAUUCUUCUCAUUGUACCAGUAUCUUAGUGUAGCGAAAAGGAGUUGUAGAUGAUUGAUUCGCAACAAAGUGACAAGCUGAUAGUUUUCCUUUAUAUUGCUAGUUCUAGUUGAGUUACGACCUGAUGAGCUAUAGAUUUAAUUUCAUAUUCACAAACAAUGGAUAGUUUAUAUGAUUUCUUCUUGAUAUAGAAGGCAUCUCGUCAUUCUUAAUA